UCGGUGGCGGAGCCAGCCCAGCCAUGCCCAGCUUUGGGCUGGCGGCGCUGCUGCUGCUGCUGCUGCCGGCGGUGGGCGAGGGCCGAGGAGAUCCGAACCCUCCCCAGCGGACGUUUGCCAUCGACUACAAGAGAGACUGCUUCCUCAAGGAUGGGAAACCAUUUCGCUACAUCUCGGGGAGCGUUCACUACUCACGGGUGCCCCGCUUCUAUUGGAAGGAUCGUCUUCUGAAGAUGAAGCUGGCGGGGCUUAAUGCUAUUCAAACAUACGUGCCUUGGAAUUUCCACGAGCCUGUCCCUGGGCAGUACCAGUUCGCAGAGGAUCGCGAUGUAGAGUAUUUCCUGCGGCUUGCCAAUGAGACGGGGCUGUUGGUCAUCCUGAGGGCCGGCCCUUACAUCUGUGGAGAGUGGGACAUGGGGGGCCUACCUGCUUGGCUGUUAGAGAAAGAAACGAUAGUUCUCCGCUCUUCUGAUCCAGAUUACAUCGCCGCUGUGGAGAAGUGGAUGGGUGUCCUUUUGCCCAAGAUGAAGCCGUUACUCUAUCAAAAUGGAGGGCCCAUCAUCACAGUACAGGUUGAAAAUGAAUUUGGAAGCUAUUUCACCUGUGACUACAACUACCUACGCUCUCUCCAAAAGCUCUUCCAUCAACACCUGGGUGACAACGUGGUGCUGUUCACCACUGAUGGAGCUAACAAAAACUUCCUCAAGUGUGGUGCUCUGCAAGGCCUUUAUGCAACUGUAGACUUUGGGCCUGGUAUCAACAUUACAGCUGCCUUUGAAACCCAGAGAAAGAGUGAGCCCAGGGGUCCUUUGGUGAAUUCCGAGUUCUACACUGGCUGGUUGGAUCACUGGGGCCAACCACACUCACAGGUUGGAAUCCAAGUCAUAGUGAAAUCCCUUCAAGAUAUGCUCGCUCGUGGAGCUAAUGUGAACUUGUACAUGUUUCUAGGUGGGACCAAUUUUGGCUACUGGAAUGGUGCCAACACGCCCUACAUGCCCCAGCCCACCAGCUACGAUUACGACGCGCCGUUGAGUGAAGCCGGGGAUCUGACCGAGAAAUACUUUGCCGUGAGGGAAGUAAUCGGGAUGUAUGAGCACAUACCAGAUGAUCCCAUCCCACCAACCACACCUAAAUUUGCAUAUGGAAAAGUUGUCCUGCGGAAGUUAAACACAGUGGUGGAGCUUCUUGAAGUUCUUUGUCCUCCUGGGCCAGUGAAAAGCAAGUAUCCCUUGACAUUUGUCCAAGUGAAACAGUAUUUUGGAUUUGUACUAUAUCGAACCACAUUGCCUAGAAACUGUGAACAGGUGCCGCUUUCUUCCCCCUUCAAUGGAGUCCAUGACCGAGCUUACGUGACUGUGGAAGGGGUCUUGCAAGGAAUCCUUGAGAGAGACAAGUCGAUUACUAUAAAUGUAACUGGGAAAGCUGGCGCUAAUUUGGACCUUCUGGUAGAAAACAUGGGGCGAGUGAACUUUGGGAGAUAUAACAAUGACUUUAAGGGUCUGGUGUCCAACCUAACCCUCGGCCAGGACGUCCUCACAGACUGGAUGGUCUUCCCUCUUGGCAUCGACGAGGCCGUACAGGGGGACCUCGCCCACGGUGGUGCGGGAGUGAAGACGGCCAGGAGCCGGUCGGCCGACCUGGGGGUCCCCACUUUCUACGUUGGGCAGUUGUCCAUUCCCAGCGGAAUCCCAGACUUACCUCAGGACACCUACCUCAAGUUUCCGGGUUGGACCAAGGGCCAGGUUUGGAUCAACGGCUUCAAUCUCGGCCGCUACUGGCCGGUCCGAGGUCCCCAGGAGACGUUAUUCGUCCCGAGAAACAUCCUGGUGACGUCGGCGCCAAACAACAUCACGGUGCUGGAAUUGGAGCGGGCUCCGUGUGCUGCCUCAGAGAAGUGCGCCGUGGAAUUUGUGGACACGCCACUUCUCAACGCAACCCUCGCCUAUGAGAGUCGUCAUCAGGAGAGGAUGUUUAGUAGAGGAUCGUGGCAGGACCAUUUAUAAUGGCUGCAUCCAACUGAAGCGUCUGCUUUUUUUUUUUUUAAACUUCAGGGGUCGUUCGUUUCCCUCCCAAUUUAUGAUCUGGAGUCUAGAGAAAAUCAGAUCCUCAAAUUCUCCUGGUUCUGUCUCUUUAUAAAUCUACGUUGGGCAAUAUGUGUUCCUUGAGCACAGGAACUACCCCUGAACUCCAUAAACUUCUAAAUGGUUACCUCUCCCUCUGUGGGCGCUCAAUAAGUGGUUGGUGGUAAUGAUAAAAAUCAAUGAAGCACACACCCAGAGGCUUUGAGCUGAGGUGUGUUUUGAUUUUAAACUCUAGGGAGGAAUUAAUGAAAAUAAAAAGCCAUUUUGUCUUCUGUUCCCUUUUGGUGAAAUUGGACCACGUGUUCACCAUCGGGGGUCGAAUGUUUUUUCUUGGAUACGAAACCCAGACCCUUCUUUCUUAAAACUGGUAUCUCUCUUCGAAACUUUAAUGUUUGGUAGCCUAUGAGUAGUGGAGAGAGCCUGUGUUUCUUCUUGCCCAGCUCAAAUUGCAAAGUAUCAUCAAGGACACUCCAAGUGACCCUGUGAAAAUAUAGGUUAACUUACCUACUAAGUUUAUAGCAAGGUUGCUUUCUCCCUUCAGCAUCCCCAAGUUUAGGAGCUAAUUAUCCAGUGGAAUCUUUCUAAAAUUCUGCCACGUGGCCUGCAGUUCUGGACACACUUUAAGAAUCCCAGUCAACAUUUAAGCCCGAAGCGGAAUUUCAACUUUUGAUGGCAUAUCUACUCUUGAGGGGAGGAGGUUGGUCGGCUCCUUUGUUAUCCUUUGGAUUCAAAGGAACCCUUUUGGAAAGUGAUGGAAGGAAAACUGUAUUUACCAUGUCUGCGCUAGAGUCCAUGGAAAAAAUUGAAUAGUGAAUUCAGUGAAUUUCCUGGAAGCACCCUUGAAGACUCUGUCUGCUGGAGUUCAGGGGCAUUAGGUCACAGUAGCAUAGUCACCGCUGGGCAAACAUUAACACUCCAGCCUAAAUUAAUGCUGCCCCAAUAAUCUCCGCAGUUUCAAAGCUGACUGUCUGAAGGCCCCAAAGUGCAAGCUAGAAAACGCAAAAGUGUCGCCAUUUUGUUUUGAUCUUCAGGAAGUGGGAACAAUGGCAUCCUCUACUGAAGAGGCAAGUUUUUGGAGGAGAAGGGGAAAAAAUAGUGGCAGAAUUAUGUAAGUCUUCAGUCCCUUAGAUCGACUUUCCCCACUGAGUCCUGGGUUUAAAGAGAAAUCAUGUGGGUGGGGAAAAAAUCAGUUAUUUUUAAUAAAUGUUGAAAAUACA